CGACCGAAUCCAAUUCACUUUCCAAUGAACAGGAGGACAAUUCGAUGUAACGUGCUUGACUAAUAUUCAAAAGUUAACGCUUGCUACAGAUUCAAUAUUUUUAAUUUUUCAUCGUAAAAAAGCUACGAUACGAAAGAAUCAUCCGCAUCGAUCUGGAGGCCGCUCUCAACGUGUUACAGCAUGCCAGAAGAAUCAGAUCCUCUGGUCAAAGAACUGCUUGAACAACUUUCCAGAACGCGAUACACGAACGAGUCUCGCAGACACUGGGAAAUGAUGGUGCACUGCGAGAGGGCCGCGUUUCCAAGGGCGGCGUUGAAUUUGCCUCUGCCCUCGAGGGAGGUACGUAUAUCACCGGAGGAAACCCGGCGAAUUCAAAAGCCGAGAACUCAAUUAACCCGAACGGCUAGAACUCAAUUACGAAUGUCGGUCGGUGAGAACGUGCGGUGGCUGGUAAUUAAAAAGUUAUUAUGCCCAGGGCCGUUUCUACUGGCAUUUGUACUCAACCGCGAUGAAAAACUCACAUCCCUACCAGAAACAAGUGAAUCACGCUCUGCUCGUUACAUUGGCCAAACUUCUGUAUAGCCAAAAAAGCAAGAGGGGUAUGAGCGUUUGGGCAGAAUUGAUUCGACUACAAACGUUUGAUCGAAUUGGCCGGAAGAAUUUGAUAACUCGUCUAGAACGACUCCUCUAUAAACAGAUUAGACUAGAAUCUAUUUGUCUGGAAGGUUUGUCGUUAACGCCAGACGAAGGUGUACGGCUACUAUUGGCAUUAUACAACUCCCGUAAAACAAUGAGACACGUAUAUUGUUGGCACGCGUUCGAGAAAAUGGUAGGCCUCACGGUGGAUCCUGGUCAUCACGAACAAUCAAGAUUUUAUACGGACAAAGAAAUCAAGAUAUGCGACUGGUUUCGCGCCAUCGGCUGCUUGGAGUUUCUCACCACUUUAUCUGUAAACUACGCGUACAUAGCGACACCCACGGGAGAUCUACUCGUCAGUUUGGCCAAGAAACUUGGAACAAAUUGGCACUGGUUACAAUUAUUGUGUUCAGAAGAAGAAAUUAUACAAAAAGCAGAAGAUGAAUAUGAUAUUGAAAAAGUUGUAAUACCGGACAGCGCUUGGAGAGCAGCACAUUUUUGGGCACCAGUACUGAAAGUACAAUAUGCUAUUAUAGGAAUACCACGAUAUGAUGUCCAUAAGAAAUUUUUUACAAAACAUACUCGAAUCCAUACUUUUGCACUAUCAACGAGUAUCGAUUUGAAAUUUCGACAGCCAUGGUAUCUCGAUUGCACGAUUAAAACACUUUGCACAUGGUAUUCGGAUACUCUAGUAUAUUUAUCCCUGCAAUUAUGGCACAAUCGACAGAAUUUGGAUGAUCAACUAAGACGACUCUUUAUUUACUUACCAUCACUUCGUGUUUUUGAAUAUAUCGGCGAAAUUCGAACAUUGAAAACACUUUGUGCUAUGUGCUGUCAAAUACGAUCUGGUCAUUGCAAUGUUUAUCGUGUUAAUAUGCAACUUCAAGAUGUUAAUGGUUUAGAUAAAGAGAAAUGGAUAAAGAGCAUAAGGUGUAUGAUGGCUUGUUUCAAAUGCGAUUUUGAUAGAAUGGGUGUUGAAUUUAAUAUCGAGUUUUAUUUUUGCUGAU